AUUGCGUGCUAUCCUUCAAUGAAAGUGAUCAUUCAGCUCCAAAAUUCACCGUGUAUCGGCUCUUUUUUUUAAAAAAAAAAAAAAAAAAAAUCCUUCAUUUCAGAUCGGCCGAAAAGCUUCUCCGCUGGGUAAACGAUUGGUGGCGUCAGACCCGGUUAGGGAGCUUCAACACAGAUUGGGAUUUUUUGUUGGCCUAGCAUGCUUUCUCAUUUUGUCAUUCUGCACUACAUUCUCAGCUUCAUUAUAAGUAUCUCGACUUUCAGUUAUGGGGACAUUGGUGAGAAUAAAGUUUUGACUGUUGGGAAGGAACUGUUGAAGGAAACGCUUCCAUUGCAAAUGGGUUCUCGCAUUUACGGAUUGCAAGGGCUCAAAUCUUAUACUUGGUACGAAGUGAAGAUAUCAUAUCCAGCUUCUAUACCUGCUACCUUUUCUAUACAACUGAAGAAAGACGAUUCAGACUUGGGGAUGAAUAAGAAUAGAAGAUUGCUUAACACUGAGAAACUGAUUUUCAAGACUGAUAGUCUCACUGGUAAUCAGAAUAAAUUGUAUGUGUUGGUGACUGUGGAGCCUGAGGGGGUUGUUGCAAUGCCACAUGUACCAGAGAGGCAGUAUAUCAUAUUCAACAUAGUUUGUGAUGAGUUGUUAUUGGGCAUCCCACAUAAGGCUUGGUGGGUUGUAAUCUUAGUGUUGCUCUGUUUGGGAUUGGCAUUCAUCAUUCCUCAAUUUCUUCCGCCGUAUCUGCUUCGAAGGAAUGGAAGUCCAAAGUCAUUAAAUCAGAAUGUUUCCAAGAAAUCUUGAUAAGAUUGCCUAAGAAUCAUAGCUUCCAUUUUGUUGUGGUGCAUUUUUGCAGCCUAAGAAUCAUAGCUUCCAUUUUGUUGUGGUGCAUUUUUGCAGCUGGUAACGACCUAUGGCUAUAAGGAUGUAUUGUUUUUGCUCUGAAGUUCUACUUGGUGAGCAAAUUGCGUUUUGCAGUGACUAUUAACCAAUAGGGAUGUUUGGCCUUACAGUCGUACACAGUGGACAAACAUUUCAAGGGAAGGGGGUGUUAAGGAUCUAUUUUUUAAUAAUCAGUGACUUUUAGAUGACCUCUAAUGGAGUGUGCCACUGCUUUGAUAUGAAAUUAUCUCGGAUAUGCUUUACUUGAUUACAAGUUAUACUUGCCUUAUUGAGUUUCUGUUUUCAUAGUUUGAUCUGUAACUGUUUGAACAAAUUCUUCUGCCUCUAAUUGCUGAAGGAAACUUACGUUGCUGUAGAA